AUGAAUCGUUACACAAUUUUAGGUCAACUGGGCGACGGCUCUUUCGGUGUGGUGAGUAAAGCCCAGCACGUCAUCAGCGGAGAAAUAGUGGCGGUAAAAAAGAUGAAGCAGAGAUUUUCUAGUUGGGAGGAGUGCCUGCAGCUUCGUGAGGUUCAGGCACUUAGGAAGCUGCAGCAUCCGAAUAUUGUGAAGCUCAAGGAGGUGGUGCGGGAAAAUACAGAGUUGUUUCUGAUAUUUGAGUACAUGGAAAUGAACCUGUUCAAUAUUCAGCGGAUGCGGGCAGAGCAGAAGAGUGGGACACAGGGAUGCUUUAAUGACCGUGAAAUUCGUAGUAUCAUGUGCCAGACCCUAUUAUCUUUGCAGGCAAUUCACAAGGGUGGCUUUAUGCACCGUGAUUUAAAGCCAGAGAACUUGCUGACAAAGGGGGAUAUCGUGAAGGUGGCCGAUUUCGGUUUGGCGAAAGAGAUUCGCUCCCGGCCGCCCUUUACGGAGUAUGUCUCCACCCGUUGGUACAGGGCACCAGAGAUCAUCCUGCGUUCUACCCACUACAAUUCACCGAUAGACAUAUGGGCGUGCGGUGUGAUCUUCGCCGAGUUGUAUCUUAAUCGCCCGCUCUUUCCAGGGUCGUCGGACAGUGACCAGCUGUUCAAGAUAUGCUCCGUGUUGGGGGCACCAGUCCCGUCGGAGUGGGACGAGGGAUACCAAUUAUCGCGGCGUCUAAACAUGCGUUUUCCCACUGUUGCACCCACACCACUGCGACAGCUCCUUCCCAACUCCCCGCCGGCUGCCAUUGACUUGAUGGAACAGAUGUUGCGGUUUAAUCCAAGUGAUCGUCCCACAGCUACGCAAUGCUUGAAGCAUCCCUAUUUCACAGGAACCAACAACGUUGCGGAAGCAGGGGGGACGACAACGGCCCUGUAUGCAGGCAUUAGCACCGGGCAACCGCAUAACCCGUUUCAGCUUUUCUCCAUGCAGGCUUCAGCGUCCAAUGGACCAGGUCACGGUGGUGUGGGUCUUAGGGCGAAUGGGGGAAGCCCACCUCCUGCGUUGUGUUCUAGCACGAAGCUUCAUUCCUCUGACUCAAGCGUAGCUAGACUCCAACCAUGUGCCAAUGUCGUGCGUUCUUUUCCACAGGGAGUUACUAAGGCCAGCACUAACGAUGAUGAGUUUAACUUUUAG